UGAUACGGCGAGUGCGACAGCCCAGCAAAGGGAGACGUAAGCACCUGCUAUAAGUUCACCAAUACCCCGUGCUUGACCCCAGUUUCACAUCCGCCUUUAUCCCACCGAACCACCCCCGAACAUAGGUCAAGCACCGAAUCUCUUGGCUCCUCCUCCUAUCCGGAUCAAGUCACUCGACAACCACUCGACGCCUCUCUCUCAUCAAUACAAUGGCUUCCACAGUAGGCGGCACCACCGUGUACAACGGUCAACACGAGCAGGGUGAACCAUCGCGUGCGCCCAACAUGAACGGCCCGGGCUCGUCCUCCAAGGCAGCCGAGGAUCUCGUCGGCUUCCAGGCCACCAACAAGAUGGAAGUCCAGCCUCCCAAGAAAGAGGACCUGCAGCGCAGCUACGCUUCUACCGUCACGUCCGAGGCCAGCCCCAAGGGCUGGUACGGGAGCAUGAUCAACACCUUUGGCGCCGUCGUUGGCACCUUGGGCGCCAUCCCCUGCUGCAUCAUCUGCCCCAACCCAUACAAGAGUGUCAACCAGGGCAACGUCGGCCUCGUCACCAAGUUUGGUCGAUUCUACAAGGCCGUCGAUCCCGGCCUCGUCAAGAUCAACCCUCUCUCCGAGCGUCUGAUCCAGGUCGAUGUCAAGAUCCAGAUCGCAGAGGUCCCCGAGCAGGUCUGCAUGACCAAGGACAACGUCACCCUGCGAUUGACCUCGGUCAUCUACUACCACAUUGUCGCCCCCCACAAGGCUGCCUUUGGCAUCUCCAACGUCCGCCAGGCCCUUGUCGAGCGCACCCAGACCACCCUGCGCCACGUCAUCGGCGCGCGCAUCCUCCAAGACGUGAUCGAGCGUCGUGAGGAGGUGGCCCAGUCCAUUGGAGAGAUCAUUGAAGAUGUUGCCGCCGGCUGGGGUGUCCAAGUGGAGAGCAUGCUCAUCAAGGACAUCAUCUUCAGCCAGGAGCUCCAGGAGUCUCUAUCCAUGGCUGCGCAGAGCAAGCGUAUUGGAGAGUCCAAGGUCAUCGCCGCCAAGGCAGAGGUCGAAUCCGCCAAGUUGAUGCGCCAGGCCGCCGAUAUCCUGAGCUCCGCUCCCGCCAUGCAGAUCCGCUACCUCGAGGCGAUGCAGGCCAUGGCCAAGUCGGCCAACAGCAAGGUCAUCUUCCUGCCCGCUGCCAACCAGACAAUGAACAUGUCUUCCGCCGUCAACGCCGCCGCCGCUAACGAGACUGGCGAGGGCUUCGGCACCUUUGGCGACGGACAGCAGGAUCCCGGCUUCCAGUCCGCCAUGAACGCCCGCGUAGUUGAGAACAUCUAAGUGUGAGGAAGUCCCUGGAUGAGAUUGGAUGGUCGAGCGUGCGUCAUGAACGCAACGAGGAGAUGGGGCUCACACUAACGGCCGCUGGGGAAUUUGUUCUACGAUUGGAUUACGACCGAAAUAUGAUACCCAAAUGAUACCUUGAACCGGCAGGACAGUCGUGGCAGUACAGCCGAGGGAAGCCGACAUGGAGUCACUUUCCUCGUCUUCGUGCUGCUGGCUUAAGGCGGGAUUGCUUAAUGUUAGCUAUUCAAUAUGUUAUUGUCACUUACUUAUGUUGUUUUUUACUACGGCGCCGUAGCAAGUUUGCAACGAGAGACACUUUUAACAUCACACC